CCAUGUGUUCUUUUAAUUGGCCAUUGGCGCCAAGUUUGUGUUCGUUGUUCUGGUCAUCAAGUUUAUUUAUGUUAAUUGUUUUCGCUCCUGAUUUAAUUGUCACCCAGUGGAGUUACGAUUCAUCUACGAUAUUCUGGUCGGGUUACCAUUGGAGGAUCAAGGAGGGUUAUCGUCAUCCUGGUCCAAACUAUUUCACUUCGGAAAGUGUUUCCUUAAUCAAUGGAACCCUUUCCAUGUUAAUUAAACCUUUGCCCGAUGGUAAUUGGUCAUCGGCUGAGAUUUACACGGUUCGUUCAUUGGGCUAUGGUACUUAUUCUUGGACCAUUAGUAGUGAGACAGGUAAUCUACCUGCUCAGGUGACCCUUGGUAUGUUUACAUGGGAAGAUUGGGCUCGAGAAGUUCACAAUCGUGAGAUUGACAUUGAAUUUGCCAAAUGGGGUAAACCAAGUGAUCCAACAAAUGCUCAAUUCACUUUACAACCUCAUCGGGUUAAAGGUAAUGUUAAAAGGUUAACUGUUUAUCCUUCAUCUGGGUCAACACGUGCUGAGUUUACCUGGUCACCUUGUGGUGUUACCUUUAGGCUGAUUAAACAGGGUAUUUGUUAUGGUCAAUAUCUUAAUCACACUGAUACCAAAUAUCAUAUGUCCAAUGGUAAGGAAAAGGUUCACAUUAACCUUUGGCUUUGGGCUGGUAAACCACCGGACACUAAGGGUCAACCAGUGAUUGUUAAAUUUAAAUCAUUUACUUUUACACCUUUGGAUUUAACUGAUUCACAAUUUAUUGUUAAAAAUAAAUUAACUUCAUCUUCGUCGCCAUUUGACACAACGACAAUUUCACCGUUGACAUCUAAUGGUAAUAAUAUUAAUGUCGCUAAUAAUUUUCUCACUCCUGUUGGUAGUUGUGACGAUUUCUCUUAAUUAGUCAAUUAAGGUUGACAAUUAAGGUAAAAUUUUCAUCAACAAUUAAUGGACGUUGAACAUUUUCCAACCAUCUAAUCAACUGUGUUUACAUCAUUUUCAAUUACAAACUUUUCAAACUUUUAUCGUUGUUAAUUGUUAAUCAUUUUUUGGAAAUGGUUUCACUUUUACAAUUGUUAAUCAAAACGUUAUAAUUUGUAUUAUCUUCAACAAUCAACAAGGAUCGGAUUAAACUAUUAACAAUCAUGAUCAUUUCUAAUUAAUUAAUCUUGUUGACUAUUUUAGUGAUUAGCGUAAACAAUUAACCUUGAACACUUAAUUGUGUAUCUAAUGUUAAUCAAAAUGUUUUAAUAACAAUUAAAACCACAAGGUUUUUAUAAAUCAACCGUUUGUAAUUCAUUUCUAAUUGAAAACUUGAGACAAUUAACUAAUUCAAUUGCAAUCGAUAAUUGUGAUUACCCAAUAUUGGAUUUCCUUUGAAAGUUGACCAAACUGUAACUGGACACUUGGAAAUAUCCAUUAACCAUUAACGAUGAUGGUCAAUCAAUCAUUAACUAAUAGCAGAGUAAAACAAUUAAUCUAAAAGUUGAUUGUGAAGUUUGAUAACAAAAAAAAAUCUAAAUUCUCGUUGUUAACAAUUAAAAGGGUCAAACUGGUUCAAAAGUAAUUUAGUUAUCACUGGUCAGUGUGUCAGUAUUUUGUUUCCUAUCUUGGUCAGUGGUCAAGAAAAUUGAUUCUCAAUCUUGAUUAGAUUUGCUCGAGAUUUAAACAAUAUAAUUAUUUACCCUUGAGGUUAAUUGUUAUCAAGAUUUGACUUAUGUCAAAGGUUAACAAGGUCGAUUUGUUUUAAAACUAAUCAAGUCAACUACUUGAUUGUGGUUGUAAUGAUUAAUUGCAAAGAUAAUUAAUAUUUUUCAAGUAAACAAUUUGGUUAACAACAAAGAGAUUGAUUUUAUCUGAUUUAGCAAAAAGUUAAUUGAAUAAAUGUCAUCAACAAUUAAAGUAUUUAGUUAAUUAAUCUCUAGAUAAUUUUGUUUAAAAGUUAAUCAUCUAAUUGAUUGCAUUGAUUGAUCUGUUAAUUGUUAGACCCAAAUGAAAUCAGGUAAUUACGAACAGGAAAUAAAUUGUAAAUAAUUAAAGUGAGUAUUUUAUUUAACUACAAUUUAAAUCAAGUGAUUAUUUAAUCAAUAGAAGAUGAGAAAAAUUGAUAUAAUUAACUAAUGGAAAAGUUAAUUUUCAUAAUUAAAUUGCAAUAAAAGUUAAAUUGUAAACAAGGUUUCGAUAGUAACCAAAGUUAAUUGUUGAUCAACCUUCAAGUGUCUCUUAAUAGCAAUCAAUAAGUUAAUCAAGCAAUUUAAAUUGCGACAAACUAACUGAUAUACAAAUUCACUUUUCCAACGAUAAUAACAAUUAACUAUCUAUUAAUUGUUACCAUGAAUUUCUCCAAUUUUAUUGGUAAUUGUUUCGCUGACCACAAUUAAUUGUUCAUCAUUUUCUUGGACUCAUUUGGAUGGAAACAAUUUCUGUAAUUAUACAUUUAAAUACGUGGUAAUUAAAAAUAAUGUCGCUGGUGAUGUUAACAGUGAUUCAUUUGAAUGUGGCGACAAUUUAAUCAAUUGUACUUAUCGAGUUGAUCUCAACAAAACUUUCAAUGUUCAAUAUCAUGGAGUUGAAAGUUUGUCACCUCAAGUGUCAAGUAAAUUUAUCAAUCAAAUUAACGGUGUGGCGAGUUUAUUAUUUGACGAUUACAAUCAACCCAGAAUUAAAUCAGGUACCUUCAUGUGUACAAUUAAUUCAGGAUAUCGAGUUGAGAUCAUAUUAAAGCCUCAGUUUCAUAUAAUUUCCGGUCAUUUGAAGACAUGUUGUUCAACUGAUUCGAUAAACUGUUCAAAACCUUCGAGUUCAAUUCCGUUGAAAAUGAUUAUACCAACAAAAAACGCUCUUGACGGCGGGAUAACCGGACGGGUCAUUUGCCAUGUCCAGCCUGCAGCUGAUAUCGGAGGGAUGGAUAAAAUUUGUACCGAGGAAAAGUUGACCUCUGGUCAGUCGUUUGAUGCCGUUGGUAAUGCUCUUUACAAAGUGAUGGUCAACACAGCCGCUAAUGGGGUCAAGUCCAUUGAACACGUUAACAUAAAUGGUCAUCAGGCUUGGUCACUUGGUAUGUGUUGGAAUCACUUGUCUCGUGAUUAUUGUCGCGUUUGUUUAAACCAUUUGGUUGAUCAUAUUUGGUCCGAAUGUGAUAAUGCCGAAAGUGGUCAACUGUGGGUCAAUGAUUGUGGCCUAAGAUAUUCAACUCGCCCAUUGAAUGGGUCAAACUAUGAAGACUCAUUUUCUGGUCAACAUGUUAAUCAACCAUAAACCGACCAAGAAAUGAUCAAAAUUAAAUCAACACAAAGAGUAUCAUUUCUCAAUGAUCAAUAAACUUUUUCUCAAAAUUAAAUUGUAAUCAAGUUAAUCAACUUUCAUCAAUAAAAAUGACAAAUUCAAUAUUUAAAACAA